AUGGAGAGCACCUGGAAGUCACUUGCUGGGUUGAGUUUUUUAGUGUCAAUGGCAUUGUUUCUGCUGCUGAAAUUGAGAAAAUCGAGAGUUAAUUCCAAACAACGACCACCGGGGCCUCCAGCAUGGCCAAUCUUUGGUAACAUCUUUGAUCUUGGAGCCAUUCCACACCAGACAUUGUACAAGUUCAAAUUGAAGUAUGGUCCUGUAAUUUGGCUAGAACUUGGAUACACAAGCACCUUGGUGAUACAGUCUGCCGAGACUGCUGCAGAAUUAUUCAAGAAUCAUGACCUUGCUUUCAGCGAUCGCAAAGUCCCUUUUGCAUUUACAGUUCAUGAUUACCACCAAGGAUCACUGGCAAUGGGUCGGUAUGGCCCAAACUGGUGCAUUCUCCGACGUCUUUGCUCAAUAGAGCUCAUGACAACCAAGAAAAUCAAUCAGACAGCUGUACUCAGACAGAAGUGCAUUGAUAACAUGAUAAGGUAUAUUGAAGAGGAUGUAGCAGAAGCAGAAGCACAGGGAGAGUCGACAGAAAUCAAGGUGGCCCACUACCUCUUCCUUAUGACAUUCAAUCUAAUUGGCAACCUUGUGCUAUCACGUGAUCUUGUGAACCCUCGGUCAAAAGAUGGGCAUGAGUUCUAUAAUGCCACGAACAGUAUCAUGAAGUGGUCUGGGAUGCCAAAUGUGGCAGAUUUCUUACCCUUUUUGAAAUGGCUGGAUCCUCAGGGAAUCAUGAGGAACAUGGUGCAGGAUAUGGGACGAGCCAUGAGGAUAGUGGAGAAAUUUGUUAAGGAGAGGACAGAGGAGCAGAAAUCAGGGAUCAAAAAGACAAACGACUUCCUAGAUGCACUAUUGGAGUACGAAGUUGACGGAAAAGAUGUGCCUGAGAAGAUCUCGGAUCAAAAUAGACUAAUUAUCAUACUGGUAAACAUGGUGCCUUAA